GAUAGGAACUGCUUUAGAAGUAUAGAAGAGGUGCUUUACUUCAUCGAUCGAAUUGGGAACAAACGGUUGCCUGGAUGUUCUGCACGACGAAGAAAUGUACUAUAGCCGUGCGGAGGAAGAAAGUUCGGUUCGGGCAUCAUACAAGGAAGAGCAUAUAUCUCGAGCAUUGUGGUAGUCUGAAUCCGCUCAUGUUCCUUAAAAGGAAACAGAUAAGCAGAUUGAAACUCGUUUUCGAUGGUGAGCGGAGAAAGGACGAAUGGUGAUCGCGUUUUCGUUGCCUCGAGCCAUUUGAAAAAUAUUUUACCGGCUAACUACUUACGUAGUAAAAACUAACCGGAAAAGAGACAUCUACUCGAUACAGAUUUCUAUCGAUUGUUGGCAAAAAUCCCAAGAAAAUGGAAAACAAAUGCAGGUUCCAGUUGAGGAAGGCGUGAAGAGAAGACAGAAGUGGGUUCGGAACCGACGUUCACCGUCCUACCUGUUCGUCUCCCACCUGGUCUAUGCCCGAGGAACUCUUCCCCGACUGGAGAAGUAAAACUCUCAGACGUUUUCCGAUCUCCAACAGUCCCGAACUCGUCCUCGUCAACGUGUGAACUUGUGUCAGCUAAGCAGGUCUGACGCGUCUUCGCUAUUGUCCUCUUGUUUUCGUUUCUCCGCUAACACGAGAAAACCUCGACUGUUCUUUCUUUCGAUAAAACGAUCCGAGAGCCUUAUUUUCCCUUUGAACGACGCUUUCGUUUUGAUCAACGAAACGAUUUCGUUCUCCGAAUAUAUUUCCAAGAUAUAUCAAUCUUUCUUUUUUUUUUUUUUUCGUUUAAUUUGUAAAUCAUAGUUCAAUUUGUAAAUUAACCGAUUCGUUGUAUCUACGAAGAAAGGAGAGAUAUACACGAUAUUUGUUCGAGGGAAGUUUAUAGAACGAGAAAGCAGUGUAAAAUUAUUUGGUUUAAUAAGCCUGCUGUAACUUUGUAAGUAAAUUUGAAAGUCGACGGAUAUUGGAGAAGAAAGAAGAAAGAGACGUAGUGGGGUGUCGAUGUUCCGGUGGUGAAGUUCUUAGAAAAAGGCAAACCGUGUGUGAACGCUGCUCGAUAAUCGAAGAGAAAGGAGGAUCGUUGACGUAAUGAGGCGGAGGAAUGUUUUGUGCUUCCUGUGGAUCACCGCGAUCCUGAGGAUACAAGGUUUCGUUGCUGCCGAAGCUGACCCGGCGAUUCUCUCAGGCACCGAUUUGGCUCAGUUCCAACAGAGUCAUCCAUCGCACGAUCCACGGCCGCGUCUCUCAGCUUCUCAACAGGCUCAAAUAUUGAGCGACGUUCAGCAACACCAGCAACGUUUCCGUCGACCCCAAGAUGCGACCAAUUCUCGAGGGUCCUUCGACCAAGUUGCCUCCAAGCCGCAAACCAGCGCGUCUUACCCAUCCCUGGCCAAAUACAAAGUAGAUCGUGCAAAACAGCAACAGCUUCAACAGCUGUACCAACAGCAACAACAAGUACAGCAAUUGAUACAAGAACAGCAACAGAAAAUAGCUCAACAACUCAGCAAUCCAAACUACUUGAACGUUCAGACUCAAUUCCAAUCUCAACCAGCCAAGCAACAAUUUCCACAGCAAUUUAGCAGCCAGUAUCAGAACACCAAUAGCCACUUUCAGAACCUUCAGCAAGACUUGUCGCAACCUUUGUUCAGCGAUCGACAGACGUUACAGCUGCAAGAAUAUCUAGAGAAGCAACGUGAGUUGGAAUUGGUGCAAAAGCAAAGGCAGCAAUUAUUAUUGGAACAACAAGAGCUACGAAGGCAGCAGGAGCUUCUGAGACUCCAACAGCUUCAGAAACUCACGUCGACUACUCCUUUGCCAGUUCCUGUCACUUCUGCCAGCACGAUUGCUAUCAGCACUGCAACGUCUCCUGUUCUCGUAUCGCUACCAACAGCGAGAAAAAUCACUUCAUCCGAAACAGAUCUGUUCCUGAAAGCGAUAGCUACUCAUCAGAAGAAGUUCUCUACGACCACACCAAUUCCACCCACAACAACGACAACUGCGAGAACCACAACGACCAUCAAACCGACCAUUGUCACUGCGGUCUCUCCCAGAACGUACCAAGAAAAGAUAACAGUCACUCCCACUAUCCCAGAGAAUUUAUUAAGCUUGAUACAGGAGCAGCAGAAUCAGUUUGUGAAACAGGGUAAGCCAAAGCCUGAGAUCAAGUUUAUAUAUCAGACUGAGAAGCCAGUGACCUCGAAGACCGUCACGACGAAGACCAGAUCUGCUUCCUUAGGAUCGGAAAGAGACGUUUUGUUGAAACAACUGAAGCUGGCUCUGGCUCAAUCUAUCGAUGAUGACGUGAGGAACGUCAGUACCAGGGACAUAGUUCUUCCUAACGGAAAGAAGAUUCAAUUAAUUGAUUCUUCAAGCAGCUUAACGUCUAACCUUCCUACCGAUGGAUCCACUUUAACUAUGUCUACUUUGGCGCUGACUACUUCGACGACGACUAUCAAGCCACCGAAAGCUAUUUUCGAAGAGCUGACUAGGGGUGUGCUUCCUCCUGGAGCUGACUUUGAGGUUAUUAGACAGAAGAGCGACGGAAAGCUGGAGGAAAUUGGAAAAGCACCGAUUCAGAGUCUACCAGCGAAGAAGGUGACGUUUGUGGUAUUGGAGGAGCAACCUGAUGGCAGUUACAAAGUGCAAGGGGUGAAAGGGAACGCGGAGAAAGAGGGAAGCGAGGUCGAGUCUAUCGUGGAGAAGAUAAAGAAAGGAGAGUUAAAGUUGCCACCGAGUUCUUCGAAUCCGACGACUGUGACUUCGCUUCAGAAUUUCGGGUCCGGUUUGGAUCCAAAUUCCAUUUCGACGAGGCAGAGUCUGACACCCUCGAGUCAAAGUAUUGCGUCUACUAGCCCUAGAUCGACUACUCCGAGGUCUACUUCUAUUUCGUCGAGGUACACGGAGAGCAAACCGACAGAAUACUUCCCUCACGUGACAAUUUCACCAAAUUCCGUGCCCACGACGGACAAAUAUCUGUCCUCGGCAUCGAGCGUCACCAGCCACGUGUACAAUUCACUUGGAACCGUAAACACAACCCCUAAAUUGACCUCCUUGGAUCACGACAGUCGAGUGACGUCGAAAUAUCCAAGUGUAACAAGAAGUCACUUCAUCCCGACCAUGGCUCCGGUCAAUGAAAUCAUUACAACGACACUUCCAUCGGUGCCGACGACUUUCUCGCAUCAGUCGACCAAUUCCUACAUUCACUUCACCACCAGGCCAACCGGUGAAACUUUGCCGACCCUCAAGACGAUCCCGACCACCACGAGGCCAUCGACCACCUUACACAACGAGAAUAUAAUCUAUCAGGACAGCUUUGAAAGGUCCACCAUAUCAUCGGCGAUCGAAUCACCUUCCACCAGGAGUCAGAUACACGAGAGUUUGAACACGUUGCUUAGGAGGGAAGGAUUGUUCGCCAUGGCUAAAUAUUUGAGGCAGUCGGGUUUGGACAACGUGCUGAACGAAACUGGGCCGUACACAAUAUUUGUCCCGACAGACAAAGCUUUCAGGACGCUUUUGGUGCAGCUUGGUGGUCCAGAAAAGGCAGAGCAAAAGUUCCGGGAUAAUCCACGACUUCUUAGCGGGUUACUGCUGCACCACGUGAUACCAGGAGCCUUCAGGAUCGAUUCGUUGCAAGAUGAAAUGACUGGUGUUAGCUUAGCUGGAACGCAAUUAAGAGUGAACGAAUACGCAAUGCACGACCAUGAAUGGAACGACAUCAAGCAGGUGACGACGAUAAAUGGUGCGAAAGUGGCAUCGAAUAAACGGGACAUCGAGAUACCACAGGGUGUCGCCCACGCCGUUGACAGGGUGAUGUUUCCUCUUCCGGUUGGAGAUUUGGUGCAAACGUUGCAGGCUGACCGCGAGAGAAGAUUCACCAACUUCCUUAAAAUGCUUUACAUCUCGGGUCUUCAAGAUACUUUAUCGGGACCUAAAACUUUCACCGUUUUCGCACCAACGGACUCCGCUUUCGAAUCAUCUUCGAAGGACGGAGCACCGGUUUGGACGGAAGAAGACGGACCAGAAGCUGCGAAAACCAUUGUUUCGAGACAUGUGAUUCCAUCUACCCUGUACACAGCUGGUAUGAGGUAUUAUUUGCAAAAGGAUACCCUUCGUCCUCAAUCGCCUGUUCACAUUCACAAAAAUGGUGGUCGAGUACGAGUGAACGAGGCACAUGUCGUAACACAUAAUAUACCAGCAACAAAUGGAGUUUUGCACGCAAUUGACGGCAUACUAUAGCCACUACAACAUCGGUUACAUAGAUCGGUUACAUUCAAUUUGAAAAGUUAGGCGUCUUAAGAGGAAAUGCAUAUGUCAGUCACAGUACACGAAAAAUAUUUAUAUUCUUAUACUUAUUACUUCUUUGCGAUUUGCUAAAGAAAAAUAUAAUAAUAAUCUUAGACUAGGUUUGCACUACGUGAUAAUCUAAUAAUAAUUUAUGAAUAAUAUACUAGCUUAAUAAACGUUCUGUUUUUAGAAAUAUGUAGCGAUAAUGAAGAAAAUAAAAUUUUAGUAAAAGAAAAAAGAAUUUUUAACGCUUAGGGAUUAUUGCAGUAAAUCGCAAAGAAUUAAAGUAUUCGUCUCAACAAGAUCGUAAUUGAGACAAAAACAUAGGUAUCUCGGGAAAGGAAGAAAAGAUAAAUUUCUAGAACUAUCAUUAAGUUCAACAAUAAGGAUAAAUCGACAGGAUUUGCCAUAGAUGUUGUGAAAUUGCAUAAAUGUAAUGGGAUUUUUUUUAAGGCAUAAACAAAUAGAAAGACUAAUUUAUAUAACAUAGAUGCGUGUUAAUCGCUCAUGUUGCUACGAAAGCUAUACGAGCCACUAAGUGCGAAAAAUUAAUUGCCUAAUUGUAUAGAAUGGUAACGCAAUACCAUGAUUAGUAUUAUUAUAGUAUGUAUUAUUUUAUAAAUAAAUGUACAGUCUAUGUUUUUUCAUAA